UGUCUCUUUCCUUAGACGUUAGGUUGCGUUUGUUUUUGUCCCGUUAUGGUUAUGAUGGCUAUGGCGGAAGCGCCCCCGCCGCGGCAUCUGCGCCCCUCCGGGACAAGAGUCGUCCGAGGAUGCGUUACACGCGUCGUCUCCUUGCCGUUGCUUUUUGUGGGAUGUGUGUGUUUGAUCUACUGCAGCAGCACACGUGGCGGCGGGCAAUCGACGAAGAGAGGAGUGGGCGAAGGAGAUGCGUGUCUGUCAGAGAAGGUGAAGGUGCUUGACGAGUCGCUUUUCAGCCAUGAAGGACUUGUUGGUCGCGACUUAUUGGCUGCGGAGGGGACGGGAGCAAGGGCGCUGCUUGACGCGGAACUGCCGGUGGUGGUUCAGGAUCGGACUCUGUGUCCCAGUGGUAACGCAUCGACUGUCCUUGCAUUGCCGAUACAGGAGCCGUUCGACAUUAUCCAGAACGGCACGACGUCAUGCAAAUCUGUCAUCUGGAAGAUCGUUGUACGCGACGAUUCCCCAGUCUUUUACUACAUGCUUCACGAGUCGUGCUGGGACUCCCAACUCCGCAAGGCCACCAAAGAGCGCAUGUCUAUCAGAAAGGCCGAAAUGGGGAGGGUGCCCUCGACAGGCGAUGGGGGGCUCAUUAGCUAUUGGUGGGCUCAGGGGAACGGCACCGGCGAGGCAGAGUUGUCUCCCAGAGUGAUCGACCCACGGAUAACGUGGGAUAUGGCGAGGCCGUGGUCGAUGGACCUGUCUCCAUCUGGUUCGCACCUUGUCUUGGCCCCGAACUCUUAUUCUCCAAGGCUGACGUCCCAGCUAGUUUUCCUGGAUGUUGCCACCGGCAGGCGGCAGGGGUUCGAUUCCGACUGGCACGUGCUGAACAGCGUCGGGUUCAACCCGAACAAGACCUAUCUCUUCGUCUCCGAGAUCAGUACGCCUCCUCGUAUUCUCUCUGCGGCGAUGGAGGCGGGCAUCGAGGGCAUGCCGAUGAACGCACUGCCGACGCUGGAGACCGUUCGGGAGGUCCCAAAGAACGUACGACCGAACAUAACUUCCGUCGAGUUCGGCGGACAAAGCUUCGAUCCUGAGGACAGGUGUCUGUACAUCGCCAACUACGACAACGACACGAUAUGGAGUUUGAAUCUGUCGAACCCUAAGGCGAAGCUCACCCACGUGGCGGGCUCGGGCGAAAUCGGGGAGACAGAUGGAGACGCCUCCAACUGCUCAUUCGACGGCUUGUAUGACGCGGUUGUUGCUCCUGAUGGAUGCAAUGUAUUCGUUGUGCAGGAAAGCGGACUGCUUCGUUGGAUCAAGCUGGAGGCGCCAUGUGGCAAAGCAGUGAACGUAAGUACCGUAGCCACGUAUACAGGGCCGAAAUGGCGGGGAUUGGCGCUGCAUUACGUGGGCGGCACAGCCAGCCUGCUGCUCGGCGCGCGAGACGGGAAAGUGUUCAGGCUGGAGAUUAACAGCAGCGCUUUGCAUGUGUGCAAGCCUUUUGGCACCCCGGACAAAGCCGAGCCCCCCCUCUCCGCUUCUUCCCCCAGCCCUUCUCCGACCUCCGACUCGACUUCUCCCUUCAUCAAUUCUCCACCCUCCAACACCUCUUCCCCAACUUUCGGUCUCCCUCUGGGCGUCAUUGUCAUUGUCGGGUCGGUCUUAGGCGGCUGCUUAGUUGUGGCGCUCCUCUGCGCAGGGAUUUGUUGGAUCUCACGUCGAAGGCGGCGGGCGAGCGCUCAUCAUGAUGAUCCUUCACCAUUGUCAGGCCUUGGGACUACUGUCAUCACCCUGAAUUACUCGCCAGUCCCGACAGUCCCGAGCGUCCACGCGGACACAGGACUUUGUCCCACCUCUGUGCAAGCGUUCCCCUUGGCGCAGCUGGCGCACUGCACUAUGAAUUUCGAUGCGCGCUACAGGAUUGGGGAGAAGGGAGCGUUCGGGGAAGUGUACUGGGCGGAGGUCGGGAGCCGGGAGGUGGCAAUCAAGGUCAUGAUCGGGGAGUUGACGGCGGUAAAGCGGCAGCAGUUCCUGGCUGAGGUUAACACUCUGAGCCGCCUGCAUCAUGGCAAUCUGGUCGAGCUCAUCGGCUUCUGCCAGGAGGGGAAUCGGUCCAUCUUGGUCUACCCCUUCUUCUCCGGCGGCAGCUUGCACGACCGGCUGCACAAGCGGCAGAAGGCUGGAGAGAUUGAGAGGCUGCCGGCACUACUGCUGAGGGAGAGGGUGUCCAUCGCAUGUCAGAUUGCGAACGGGCUGUCGUACCUUCACCACGGUGCAGAUCCGCCCGUCAUUCAUCGGGAUAUCAAAAGCCAUAACGUACUCUUGUCGGAUGGGCGGGGAGACAGCCUUCGCGCCGUUCUUGCCGACUUCGGACUGGCAACCAUAGGACACAGCGUCUUCGACUCGACGCACGAAAGCAUAGUGCGAACGUGCCACGUGGCAGGCACACAGGGGUACAUGGCGCCGGAGUACUUGAGAAUGGGGAGAUUGACGGCCAAGGURGACGUCUWCUCCUUCGGUGUGAUUAUCCUUGAGCUUCUGACCGCCAGGAAAUCGGUAUUCCCCCUGCCUCCGCCGUCCAAUGGGGAAUGGAUGAUGCUUGCUGAUUGGGUGAGGGCAAGCUCUCAUCUUCCGCUUUUCGACCUGCUGAUGACCGUCCUUGACGAACGUCUGCGUGACGAAGUGAAGAGCAAUGUGGCCAACCAGCAUAUGGUGAUGGACCUCAUUUCCUUGGCGAUGGACUGCGUGSAAGAAGCAGAUGUUCAGAGGCCGAACAUGGGCGCCGUGUUCCAGAGGAUUUGCGCUGUAGUCUCGGAAUCCGAUACGAAAAGGAACAAUCUCAAGUGAUCGGAGCUCCUCCAA